AUGGUGCGUGAGCCCUCCCAUGCACCGCUACACCAGACUGACCCCCGCCAGGCCUCCAGCGACCCCAGGGCGAGGAACCUUCUCGCGACCAUCGCGUCCGAGAAACGUAAUCUCGAAGGUGCCAAGGCCGUCAUCCGCGCCCUUGAAGCAUCUUCCAAGAAUGAGAAUGUCAUCCGGCAAGCACAGAACGAAGUCCGCUCUGCGCAGGCUUCUAUACAGUACCUCGAGGCCGAGCUCGAGAAGCUGUCGGUAUCUGGGCCCAACACGCCGAAUAGGGGAGAAGGCAGCAGGCCGGGGCAUUUGGCGCCUGGUGGGAGGAGCGAGAGUCAUCUACCUGCUAGCCCUAGCCCCAGUGCAAAGGGCUUUGGCAAUAGUGAAAGACCGCUGCCUCCCCCGCCUCCUGGUGCUGAAGCCGACGCGGCCCGGAAACCAGAACAAAAGAACUACACGCAGCUUGAUCUUCUCCGAUACGACGCCCCUCUAUCCGGCGCCAAAAUCACGCGCAUGCUCAACCAAUUACAAUUCAAGCUACAAGUUGAAGAGCAGUACAAGACGGGUAUCGAAAAGAUGGCUCAGGCGUACAAGAUGGAAGGCGAUAAGAGACUCAAAAGCGAGACGGAUGCGAAGAAGGUGGAGAGUGAAGGCAAGAUCCAGUUGUUGAGAAAGGCAAAGAAGAGAUACGAGACGCUCGCCAAGUUUGGUGGAGGUGUAGAGGACGAUGAAGACCUGGUGCCCGACUCGCAACGCAAGGAGGCGCUCCGGAAACCCAUCUCUGGUAACCUCGUCAUCUCUCUCCGCGCCGCGCAGGAUCUCAACCAUCGCCCCCUCCCUCGUCGGUCCUCCAAGGCGUAUACCGAGACCACCGUUGUCGUCAAGAUUGAAGGCAACGAACGCGCCAUCUCUGCGCCAUCGCGAAACGACAAGUGGCUCGAAGAGUUUAAUAUUCCUGUUGAAAAGGCCAACGAGGUGGAGAUUACCAUCUACGACAGUGUCGCACCUGGUGAUUCGGCGCCGAUAGGUAUGCUCUGGCUUCGGGUCAGUGACCUUGUAGAAGCUAUCCGUCGCCAGAAGGUUGGGAUUGAGGGACAGGAUGCUGGCUGGGUGACGGCUGCGACUGCGGCGACAAUGAGCGGGCCUCGAAGCAGCGGGACAGCGCCAGACUCUGUCACAUUGCACAGCGCGGGGACGAUGCGUGGCAAGCCGGAUGGAAAGGCGUCCGAGGGGAUCAGUGGAUGGUGGUCUGUUGAACCUGCUGGUGGAUUGCAGUUGCGACUUGAUUUCGUCAAGGAUACGGUUGCUGGCGCGCGUCGGCCAUACGAGGCCCUUGGACGUCAAGGUGCCGUGCGUAUGCGCAAGGGCGAGGUGCACGAGAUGAACGGCCAUCAAUUCGUUCAACGGCAAUUCUACCAGCCCAUCAUGUGUGCGCUGUGUCAAGAAUUCUUGCUUACGGGCGAAGGAUACCAAUGUGAAGACUGUCGAUACGCGUGUCACAAAAAGUGUUACCCGAAAGUCGUCACCAAGUGUGUCAGCAAGUCGGUUGCGGAUGGAGAGGGCGACGAGGAAAAGAUCAACCACCGCAUCCCUCACAGGUUUACUGCGUAUACCAACAUGUCUGCCAACUGGUGUUGCCAUUGUGGUUACAUGCUGCCAUUUGGUCGCAAAAACUCUGUCAAGUGUUCCGAAUGUGCUCUUACAUGCCACCAAACAUGUUCUCAUCUUGUCCCCGAUUUCUGCGGCAUGACCAUGGAAAUGGCCAACCUGCUACUCAAAAACCUCCGCGACAUCAAAACCACCCAAACCCGCCGACCGCACACCCACAGUCCCUCGGCCACAUCCGUCUCUACCCUCCCUUCCUACCACUCGCAAGACAAGGUGCAAACGGUCCAACCUGCGCAGCCACCAGUCCAGCAGCCGAGCGGGUACGACAAUAUUCGCCCGGCGGGUCCUUCUGGUGGCAGGCCGAUGCCGCAGUUGCCGCCUGUGCCCGUUUCGGACAGCAGUAUCAGUAUGGAGCAUCCUUCGCAAGAUGGAUAUGCGCGUAUGCCUCCUGUAGCUCAGCAGCCCCAACAGCAGCAGCAGCAAGCUCCUCCCCGUCCCUUACCUCCUACUACCCAAUUCCUGCAAGCCCAGCCUGCUCCUCAGCAACAAGCGGCCACCCGUCUCCCUCUUCAACCCCCCGCGCAGCCUACUCAACCCCUCGCGACGAGAAAGCGCAAGGUCGGGCUGGAUGAUUUCAAUUUCCUGGCUGUGCUGGGUAAAGGAAAUUUCGGUAAAGUCAUGUUGGCAGAGGAAAAGGCGUCUAGCAGUCUGUAUGCUAUCAAGGUGUUGAAGAAGGAGUUUAUCAUUGAAAAUGAUGAAGUUGAGAGUACGCAAUCUGAAAAGCGAGUCUUCCUCGCCGCUGCGCAGGAACGACACCCCUUCCUGCUCGGUCUCCACUCGUGUUUCCAAACCGAGACCCGAGUCUACUUUGUGAUGGAGUACAUUUCUGGUGGUGACUUGAUGUUGCACAUCCAGAAGAAGCAAUUCACCCUGCGCCAAGCCAAGUACUAUGCGUGUGAAGUCUUGCUGGCAUUGCAGUACUUCCAUUCCAAGGGCAUCAUCUAUCGAGACUUGAAACUAGACAAUAUCUUGUUGACCCUGGAUGGGCAUGUCAAGGUUGCGGACUACGGAUUGUGUAAGGAGGAGAUGUGGUAUGGCAAGACGACGAGCACGUUCUGUGGUACCCCCGAGUUUAUGGCGCCCGAAAUCCUUUUGGAGCAGCGAUAUGGCCGUGCGGUUGAUUGGUGGGCGUUUGGUGUGCUGACUUAUGAAAUGUUGCUUGGGCAGUCGCCGUUCCGAGGUGAAGACGAAGAUGAGAUCUUCGAUGCCAUCUUGGAGGACGAGCCAUUGUAUCCCAUCACCAUGCCGCGCGACGCCGUGUCGCUCCUCCAACGGUUGCUGACGCGAGACCCCGAACGCCGUCUGGGCGCCGGACCCGGCGACGCCGAGGAUAUCAAAAAGCACACAUUCUUCCGCGACGUCAACUUUGACGACGUCUACCACAAACGCACACCGCCGCCAUACUUCCCAACAAUUGGGAAUGCGACGGAUACGAGCAAUUUCGAUAGCGAGUUCACGAGGGAGCAGCCGACGUUGACGCCGGUGCAUACGCAGUUGAGCGAGGCGGAUCAGAAGGAGUUUGCUGGGUUCUCUUGGGUAAGUGCACCAUACGAUUAG